CAAUUUUAUCAAAACCACAAAAUAAACAUGCACAAACUCACUUUAAUUAUAGAAAGAACGGAAGUGCAAUUCCGUCACUAAAAAUAUCCAAUAACCAUAAUUUUUUCCAGUUAAAGGCCAAGUCCAAAAGUCUCCAUCUUUGACUCUUUAAAUUUUUUUCUUUUUAACAAAAUUACAAAUCAAAGAACCCUAAUAUUAAACCCUUUUAAAUUUUAAUCAAAAUGUUGAAUAAAGUGUUUUUAAUUUAGUUUUGUAAUAGUGAUUACUGAAAAAAUUAGCAAAGAGGAAAUUUUUUUUAGGGAUCAAAUAUUUUUAUGAUGAUUGAAACGGCGGUGGUGGUUGAUUAUUUGGUGCCGUCGUGGUGGGAGGUCAAAGUGGCGGUCGCGGCGUCGGUGUUCGUGAUCGUUUCUUAUUGGUUUUUUGCAUUACAAGGCAAAGAUGGUGACGGCGGUGAUCGAUCGCAGGUUUCGGAGAGUUCUGCUGAAGGAAUUCUUGACGAUAAAGAGAAGAUAGUCCAGUUGAAAGGAGAUGUCCAAACUAAUUCUCGAUAUCUAAUCAAGGUGGAAUUGCUGGCAGCUAAGAAUCUUAUUGGUGCUAACUUGAAUGGCACUUCAGAUCCUUAUGCUAUCAUUACUUGUGGUUCUGAAAAGAGAUUCAGUUCGAUGGUUCCUGGUUCAAGAAACCCCAUGUGGGGAGAGGAGUUCGAUUUCUCUGUAGAUGAGCUUCCCGUACAGAUAAAUGUGACAAUAUAUGACUGGGAUAUAAUUUGGAAGAGUGCUGUUCUUGGUUCAGUUACAAUUCCGGUUGACACUGAAGGUCAAAGUAAUGCAGUAUGGCAUACCUUAGAUAGCACAUCUGGACAGGUCUGUCUACAUAUCAAAACUAUAAAACUCCCCGUGAAUUCCAGGGGUAUGAAUGGAUAUGCUGGAGCUAAUACUCGAAGAAGGAUUUCUUCAGAUAAACAAGGACCUACUGUGGUUCAUCAAAAGCCAGGGCCUUUACAAACAAUAUUUAAGCUCCUUCCAGAUGAGGUUGUGGAGCAUAGUUACUCAUGUGCACUUGAGAGAUCAUUCUUGUACCAUGGUCGUAUGUAUGUCUCUGCAUGGCACAUUUGUUUCCAUUCUAAUGUGUUCUCAAAACAAAUGAAGGUGGUGAUACCAUUUGGGGAUAUAGAUGAGAUUCGUAGAAGUCAGCAUGCAUUCAUUAAUCCUGCAAUAACAAUUAUUCUUCGCAUGGGUGCUGGUGGGCAUGGUGUACCUCCAUUGGGGAGCUCUGAUGGUAGAGUCAGGUAUAAAUUUGCAUCAUUUUGGAACCGGAACCAUGCAUUAAGAGCAUUACAGCGCGCAUCAAAGAACUACCAUACAAUGUUGGAAGCUGAAAAGAAGGAAAUAGCAGAAUCAGCAUUGCGUGCACACAGCAGCUCUAUUAGAGGUAGUAGAAGGCAAGCUACGGCUCCCAAAGAUAAUGCAUCUAAACCUGAAAAAUCACAAGCUUUUAUCAAAGAAGAAGUUCUUGUUGGUAUCUACAAUGAUGUAUUUCCGUGCACUGCAGAGCAGUUUUAUAAUUUGUUAUUAAGUGAUGACUCUAGUUUUACUAAUGAGUAUCGUGCAGUACGGAAGGAUACAAAUCUUUCGAUGGGACAGUGGCACCCUGCUGAUGAAUAUGACGGCCUAGUGAGAGAGAUAACAUUCAGAACCAUUUGUAACAGUCCCAUGUGUCCUCCAGACACUGCCAUGACAGAGUACCAGCAUUCCAUUUUAUCACCCGAUAAGAAAAAGCUUGUUUUUGAAACUGUACAACAGGCACACGAUGUUCCAUUCGGCAGCUACUUCGAGGUACAUUGCAGAUGGUGUGUGGAGACCAAUGGCGAAAAUUCGUCCAUUCUAGAUGUCAGAGUGGGUGCACAUUUCAAGAAAUGGUGUGUGAUGCAAUCGAAAAUUAGAUCAGGCGCUAUCAACGAGUACAAGAAAGAGGUAGAGGUGAUGUUAGACGUCGCCCGCUCUUAUAUCAAAUCACAUACAACCGGUGGUGAGACCAAUAACUCAUCAUCCUCACCCCCAGUUACACAACAAGGUAUCAGCUAGCUAAUAAACUCUUUGAUUUUAUUGUAUAAUUCCUUUUUUCUUUAAUACAAGUAAUGUAAGAAUUAUAUGUAGAGGUACCAAGGUUUUUGCAAUGACCUUGGGUGUAUAAUGUAACUUAACCCUUCUUUUUCUUUAAGGUUCUUGUAAUGCAGUUUUAACUAUAAUGGUGGGCUAA